CGCCCGCCCAUAGCGCUGCCGGGGGACGUCGGGCUUUCUUUUCGCGGACGCGCUCGUGGUGGCAGCAGGCGCGGCCUAGCCAUGCAGAACGACGCCGGCGAGUUCGUGGACCUGUACGUGCCGCGGAAAUGCUCCGCCAGCAACCGCAUCAUCGGCGCCAAGGACCACGCGUCCAUCCAGAUGAACGUGGCCGAGGUUGACAAGGUGACAGGCAGGUUCAACGGCCAGUUUAAAACCUAUGCUAUCUGCGGGGCUAUUCGCAGGAUGGGGGAGUCGGAUGACUCCAUUCUCCGACUGGCCAAGGCUGAUGGCAUUGUCUCAAAGAACUUCUGAGCGGAGAGCAUCACAGAUAUGAAAUUUGUCAUAAAUAAAUAGUGGAAACCC